AUGGAUAUGGUGGUUGUUCCUCAGAUCGAAUUGGGGGUACAGGAGGCAGUUACUGAGGAAGCUGCUGUGCAGCCUGAUGCUGGUAUGAAGGAAGUUACUGUGGUGGUGGCUGAUGUGCAAGCUGAAGCUAGUGUGCAGGAGGUUAUGCAGGUAGUUAAGGGUGUGGAGAUGCCAGUGGAUUUAGUGGUGGGGGCUAGUAGUUCUACUCCUAAUCCAGGGGAUGGGUUUCAGGUGGUAACUGGUCGUAAGAAUAGAGUUAGGGCUCCUGAUCCUACUUCUAUUGCCAAGAGCCCAUGGAAUUUGUUCACUGGUCAGAAGAAGAUUCCUCUGGAUGAUAAGGCUUUCCCUUCCUUGAGUAAACCAGUGUGGAAAAUGAGUGAUGAGCUGCUGCAACCUGCUAAAGGUAGGGGGCGUGGCAAGAAAAAGAAAUGA